GGUAGGAGCAGCCUCGGCGACGGCGACGGCGGCGGCGGCGGCGGCCCUUAGACCGCGGGCGGGCGGCAGGAGCCGGGGAAGCCCCUGAGGCAGCGGCCGCGCGCCGACCCCCUGCCGUGCCCUGUGCCCCCAGUCCCCCUGCGGAGCGGGGCUCGCCGGGGCUCCCGGGCACUCGCGGGCCGAGGGAGCGGAGCCCUGUGCGCCUGCGCCCCGCAGCCCGCCCCCCCCCCGCUGCGCGCGCCCGCCCGCAGCCGCCGCCUCACCUGCGGCCGCGUGCCCGCCACCUGCGGCCGCCCCGCGCCCGCGCGCAUCCCGCAGCCCGCGGGGCCGGCGCCAUGAGCGGCGCGGGCGGCUCCCACAUCACGUACGCCAGCCGCAAGCGGAGGAAGCCGGUGCAGAAAACAGUUAAGCCAGCACCAUUGGAAGGGGUCAAAUCCAACCCAUCCAAGAGGCACAGAGACCGGCUGAACACAGAGCUCGACCGGCUGGCCAGCCUGCUGCCCUUCCCCCAAGAUGUCAUCUCCAAACUGGACAAACUCUCUGUGCUGAGACUCAGCGUCAGUUACCUGCGAGCCAAGAGUUUCUUUGAUGUUGCAUUAAAGUCUCCCCAGGCUGACGGGAAUGGAAAUCGGGACAGCAGCCGCGGCGCCAGGCUCCAGGCCAGCCUGCGCUUGCAGGAAGGGGAGCUCCUUCUCCAGGCGCUCAACGGCUUUGUGCUGGUGGUCACCACAGACGCACUGGUUUUUUAUGCCUCCUCUACAAUCCAGGACUACCUGGGCUUCCAGCAGUCUGACGUCAUCCAUCAGAGUGUGUUUGAGCUCAUCCACACGGAAGACAGAGCUGAAUUCCAGCGUCAGCUGCACUGGACCUUAAACCCAGGCCAGGCUGCAGACUCGGUGCCCCAAGGACAAGAAGGCCAUGGCCUCUCCCAGACGUCAGGCUUUUAUAACCCAGAGCAGCUUCCUUCGGAAAACUCUCCUUUCCUGGAGAGAUGCUUCAUCUGCCGCCUGCGGUGCCUGCUGGAUAACUCAUCGGGCUUCUUGGCCAUGAACUUUCAAGGGCGGCUCAAAUUCCUUCAUGGCCAGAACAAGAAGGGGAAGGAUGGAGCUGCUCUGGCCCCUCAGCUGGCGCUGUUUGCAGUGGCUACGCCGUUGCAGCCUCCGUCCAUCCUAGAAAUCCGGACGAAAAAUUUUAUCUUCAGAACGAAACACAAACUAGACUUCACCCCGACAGGCUGUGAUGCCAAGGGAAAACUUGUUCUGGGGUACACUGAGGCAGAGCUCUGUAUGCGGGGAUCCGGGUAUCAGUUUAUCCAUGCUGCCGACAUGCUGUACUGUGCAGAGAGUCAUCUCCGGAUGAUUAAAACUGGAGAAAGCGGCAUGACAGUGUUCAGGCUUCUCACCAAAGAGAACCGCUGGACCUGGCUUCAAUCCAAUGCUCGCUUAGUCUAUAAGAAUGGAAGGCCUGACUAUAUCAUCGCAACACAAAGACCACUCACAGAUGAAGAAGGAACCGAGCACUUACGCAAGCGCAACACGAAGCUGCCCUUCAUGUUUGCUACGGGAGAAGCCGUGCUCUACGAGGUCACCUUCUCUCUCCCCUCCAUGAUGGACCCCGUGCCAGCAGGGAGGACCAAAGGCCUCGGGCCCGGGAAGGACGGUGCCACCAGACACCCACGGAGCCAAGAAUCGUUUCACCCCAGCUCCCUCCUGGGCUGCAUGCUGCAACAGGAUGAGUCGGUGUACCUGUGCCCCCCCGCGCCCGCGCCACCGGACAGGAGCUUCCGGAGCGAGGCCGUGGAGGAGCUGGGCAGCAUCCUGACCAGCGACUGGCAAGAGAACCUGCUGCCCUUGGGGAGCGAGGACACUCUGAGGCAGGGGCUGGUGCAGCUCGGUCCCGAAGCCAGCCUGGGGGCUGCCGGCCCGUUGGCAGAGAGCAGAAGCAGCGAACUGCACAGCAUCAUGAAAAGCCUGGGUAUCGACUUUGAGGACGUCCGGCGCAUGCAGCAGGAGGAGUUUUUCACAAGUGACGCGUCUGGUGGGGACGACAUCGCAGACAUCGAUCUGACGGAUGAGAUCCUGACCUACGUCCAGACCUCCUUAAACAAGUCCAGCUUCUCCCAUUCAGGUCCCCAGCCUCCUCUGCAGCAGCCGCUGCUGCCGCUGCCGGGAGCCCCACACAUGCCCAGCUCCAGCUGCAUGGUACAAGAACAGUUAGAGCAGCAGCGGCGGCAGCAGCAACUGUGCCAGAAGAUGAAGCACCUGCAGGUGGGCAGCAUGAUGACCGGCUGGAGGCCGGGCGACCCCGAGCCCUUCCCUUGUCCCCAGCAGGAGCCGCGGCCGUACGACAUCUUCCCCAACCCCGAGUUCCCCUACAAGUCCGAAUUCAGCGCUCUGCCCUACGGCCAGAGCUUGCUGUCCUGCUCCCAGGCCCUGUUCCCCCAGCCAUCUACUCUGAACCACUUAGACUUUCCCGUAGGAAGUUUUGAACAGCCACCCUACCCGACGUCUCAGUUAGGAGACUUUGUUAGCUGUUUACAGCAAACCCCGGAAAACACAGGGUAUGGGGCGCACUCACAGCCCACCCUGGCUGCCCCUCCGUCUUGUUACGAGGGCGCCGUCUCGAUGUUUCAGUGCCAGCCGGAAGACCAGGCUUCCGGCGUGGACCAGAUGCAGUAUAACCCCAUGGCCUCCAGUCAGCAUGCGCUAUUAAACAAGUUUCAGAGUGGUUUAAAUGGAGGCAUUUUAAACGAGAACUACCCAACUCAGUUAAACAGCCUGAACAACCCUCAGGCUUCUGCCUGUCUACACCAACCAGGAGCCAGCCCCUUCCCAGACUUACCGUCCAGCGGGUUCCUAUGAGGCGGGUCUGGGCCUCAUUCACCUGGUUGGAUGGACACAGCUGGGCAGGAUCCAGAGGAGCCUCAGGCAGUGGCACUGCUAGAAACCACCCGAGCAGAGAAUGCAUCCGCAUGUGCUGAAAGAACAAGGUUCUGCCCGGUCUGGACCGUCCUUUCCCGGCGUCCCGCAUGGGGCAAAUGGCCACAGCUGCGCUGAUUUAGUGGGCGCAUUUGUAAGCAGAGGGCAGGGGAUACCCCCUCCUCCUCGGAACGCACAGGAGCCCCCAGUCACCGAGCCUCCCAGGGGCCGUUCAGCUUCCUGCAUCACCGUCGGCUGGUCCUGAACGGGCAGUUUGGGCUUGGGGCCCACCCUGGCCAGUCCUCCACAGCCACCCAAGUGCCUCUCUGGUAGCACAGGGACUUUUGAUAGGAAAGACCUGAUUUCCUUUUGAAUAAUCCAUCGAUCUCAUCCUCUCCCUACUGCAUAAUAUCAUUUGGGCUUUUAAAAUUAGACUGCCAGGCCAGCUCAGUUCUACCUGCAGUAGUCAUCCCUGCUUUUCUUUUUCAGAUAAUAGAAGGUUAAAGAAGAUAUUUAUUUAAAAGAAAAUAAUUGAUUAUAUUGCUGUUUACUUUGAGACUUUAAACGUUUGCAAUGUGCCUUAUCUUUUAUUGAAAUACAAUCCUCUUCAAGGAUACAAAACUAAUCUGUUCUUUUUAAUUAGUCAUAAAAUGUAUAUUAAGAGGGUAACAUUUCAAUUGGGGCCACUGUCUUCAUAAGAAACCAUUGUAGUGAGGAUGACUUUAAAUUUUGCUAUGAUUCAAUGCCUUUUGCUGGGCUGCAGUUUUGACUUUCCAAAGGGGCUCAGUGAGGCUGGGCUUGUCCUGCACCGGGUAGAGCUGCCCGCUGCUCCAGCGCCACGCUGGCCCUGAUCACGAGAAAUCUCACAGGCCCUGCCGUGUCCCAGUGAACUGGGUCGUCUUGAUGAAUUUCAGUUUUGAGGCGGCAGGAAUGAUUUUUUUCUUACAUUUGAGGAUUGUUAGAAUUGAAGCCUUGUUCCAAAGGAAAUUCAGACUAGCUUGUGUCUGUCCUGGGCCAUGCUGUGUCAUGUCAAGGUAAUGAAGAAAACUGUCCAUUGUACAAUAGUUAAAAUAUCCCAUUUUGAAAUAUUAUGAGUCAUAUCUAAAUCCACUUAGCGAUCAUAAAUCCAGCUCUGUAUAUGUCACUUAACUGUGUCUUUAAAAAAUAAAACAAUACGCCCAAAUACACUUUAGGCUGGUGUCCUGUAUUAAUAAAAGACAAUCACUCAUUUCUUGUCCGUUCAGAUAGGAGGAUGUUUGCAGUGAUCGGCUAUCAGGAAGGAAAUUUUAGGAUCAACAAAGAAAAAGGCCUAUUUGUUCUGCAGCUCCAGAUACACUGAGGCCAUCUCAAAGCCAAAUGCCACCUCAUGUCUGGCCCCGCAUUAUUUCUGAUUUGAACCGUGACCUUGGAAAAGCAAAAACGGACGUGUCCCUGUUGGAUGACAUCAGCUUCAAUCUCCAAUGGAGCCAUAACAGAGGACAUUCUUCACAGCUGCUUUUAGAGUAAAUUAAUACACAUAAACCACCAAAAGUAAAUUUCAUUUAUCAGUCUGUUCAUUUUCAGGAAAAAUAUCUGUAGAAUGUUAUUUAAGUAUGAAGCAUGAAAUUGGAUUGUCUCAGACAUUUCAUAAUUUUUCAACAUGAGGUAUCAUCAACAUUCAGACUACUGAUCUGAAUUUUUUUUGAAUUUUUCCAUCUAAAAUUUUCAUUAAAAGUCAACCACUUUCUGUAGAAUCUUUCAUUUUUGGGGGGAAUAUGUAUUUAAUGAAAGAAACUAGAUUUUCAAUGAAAUUGUGAAUGUGACAAUCAGCUAUUAGAUAGACCAUGUAAAACUCAAAGGUAAAAGGGAUACUGUGUAUUUUUUAUCAAUAAAACUAUUAAAUUUAUUGUGUCAAGAAUAAUAAAUACUGUCAAAUCAAAUACACCUUGUCUGUAUUGCUAUGUGCCAAAGGAAGCAGUAAAGCCUAAUAAACUGCUUUAUAGGGGAUUUAUUGAGUGUUUCUGCAUUAGCUGAACCUAUGAGGAAUUCAUAAUUGCGUUAGUAGACUUAAUUUUCUCUUUUGCCACACAGACAUAGCUUUCCAGUUCACUUGAAGCUUCCAGUUCUUAGAAUGCCUAGCCUCGCAUUAUUCAGUAUUACUAUGCUUUUGGUUAACAUCUUCAUGACCUAUAUUUCUUUCAUUUCUCAUCUGAUGUGGCUCCAUAAAAUAGAGUAAUUUCAUAUUUAA